AGAGAAAAAAAUUAUACUAGGAAAGAGAGAAACAGAAAUUGGCUUAUUUAAGCAAGAAGCAGAGGAAAGAGUUUGAAACGAACGAAGAUCAAACAUGAGGAUGGGAGAGAUGUUUGGUCAACUAGGUUCUCUAAUCGCUGGUUUCAUGUUUGUUCGAGCAAUCUUCGAACAAUACUUCCCUUCCCAUCUCAAAACCCAUUUCGAAAAACACACUCAAAAGCUCUAUAAUUUCUUCUACCCUUAUAUCCAAGUAACUUUCAAUGAACUCACUGGUGAGCGUCUCAAGCGCAGUGAAGCAUACUCGGCCAUCGAGACUUAUUUGAGCUCCAAUUCUUCUUCCCAAGCCAAGAGGCUCAAGGCUGAUAUUGGCAGCAACAGCCAAUCUCUGGUUCUGAGCAUGGACGAUCAUGAAGAGGUAACCGAUGAAUUCCAAGGAGUCAAAGUUUCGUGGGCUUCCGGGAAGAAUAUUUCGAAAACUCAGUCAUUUUCACUCUACCCAACUACUGAAGAGAAGAGAUAUUACAAGCUCAAAUUCCAUAAAAAUCAAAGAGAUCUCAUAAUCGGUCCGUAUUUGAAUCAUGUUCUGAAAGAGGGCAAGGCGAUUAAGGUGAGGAAUCGGCAGAGAAAGCUUUACACAAACAAUGGAUCUCACUGGAGCCAUGUGAUUUUUGAGCACCCAGCAACGUUUCAGACAUUAGCCAUGGAGGAAGAGAAGAAGAGAGAGGUUAUGAAUGACUUAAUCACAUUCACUAAAGCAGAAGAAUUCUAUGCCAGGAUAGGAAGGGCGUGGAAGCGUGGUUAUCUUCUUUACGGCCCGCCGGGGACUGGUAAGUCCACCAUGAUCGCCGCCAUGGCUAAUCUUCUGGGUUAUGAUAUUUAUGAUCUAGAAUUAACCGCCGUGAAAGAUAACACUGAGCUGAGGCGGUUAUUGAUUGAGACACCGAGCAAAUCGAUUAUUGUGAUUGAAGACAUUGAUUGUUCGGUCGAUCUCACCGGACAAAGGAAGAAGAAAGAGGAGAAAGAGGAGGAAGAAGAGAAGGAUCCAGCAAAGAAACUAGUAAAAAAUGAAACUGAAAGCAAAAGCAAAGGGGUUACUCUUUCUGGGCUUCUGAAUUUCAUUGAUGGGCUUUGGUCAGCUUGUGGAGGAGAGAGACUCAUCGUCUUUACAACAAAUUAUGUGGACAAACUCGAUCCGGCGCUCAUUCGGAGGGGAAGAAUGGACAAGCACAUUGAAUUAUCGUACUGUAGCUUUGAAGCAUUCGAGGUUCUGGCAAAGAAUUAUCUUAAUCUUGAGACCCACAUCCUGUUUUUGAAAAUUCGUGAGAUGUUAGAGGAAGUUAAUAUGACCCCUGCGGAUGUUGCGGAAAAUUUGAUGCCCAAGACUUUUCCUGGGGAGGCAGAGACUUGCUUGGAGAGUCUGAUCGGAGCUCUUGAGAAGGCCAAAGAGGAAGCAAGGCUAAAGACUGAGGAAGAAGCUAAAGCCAAAGAGGAAGCAAGGCUGAAGACUAAGGAAGAAGCUAAAGCCAAAGAAUCAUCAACUAAUGAAGCCAUAGAGGGAGAGAAAGAUGGAGAGAAAGAAAAGAACAUCUGA